AUGUAUUCAGAUCUGCAGGUGCAGGUGAGCAGAUCAAAGUAUUCUCCCUGGGCAGAGCUGAAGUGUCACAGCAGCUGUCGUCUACCUGGCCAUCCUUCCUACAUCUGGUACAAGAACGGACAGAAAAUUCAGGAAGAAACAUCUACAUAUUCAGGCCCCUUUGAUCCUGCAGGCAGCUUUUCCUGUGCUGUACGAGGAUAUGAGAAGUCCCGCUCUCCUUCAGUGUAUGCUCCAAAGUUUCCCUCCGUGUCAGCGAGUCCCUCUGGUGAUUUUGUGGAGGGCAGUUCAGUAAAUCUGACUUGUAGCUGUGAUGCUAAGCCAGCAGCUAACUAUAUCUGGUACAAGAGGACUAAAAAUCCAGACCAUGAAGAUCUCAGUAAAGAACCACAGCUUGUCUUCAGCUCCAUCCAGACCUCUGACUCUGGAGAGUAUUACUGUGCAGCUGAGAACCAGCUGGGGAGGAAGACAACUAAAUACAUCAUUAAUGUGAAAUAUGCUCCAAAGCUUCCCUCUGUGUCAGUGAGUCCCUCUGCUGAGAUAGUGGAGGGCAGUUCAGUGACUCUGACCUGCAGCAGUGAUGCUAACCCAGCAGCUAAACACACCUGGUACAAGGAGAAUGAAGACUCACCAAAAGCAUCAGGACAGAACUUCACCAUCACUGACUUCAGAGCUGAACACAGUGGGAAUUAUUACUGUGAAGCCCAGAACAGAAGAGGACGUCAUAACUCCACCUUACAUCUGAUUGUUGUGGCAGGUACGUUUUUCACUUCACUUACACAU